GAGAUUCUACGGCGAGAUUGGAUGUUCAAGUUGGUCGGUAAGGAAUCAUUUCAACUCGGACCUAUGAAAUGCAUAAUCUCUGUAGAAGCACUAGGCACCUUCGCCUAUGAAUACUCCCUAGAGGUGAACGGCAAGAAUUACGAAAAAUUCCGUGAAGAGCAGAGCAAAAAGCUAUUGUGCUGGGAAACACACAUUGGUGGAGAGGAGACAAGGAUCGUACUAGGUUGGCUACAUAUUUCAUUUUCUUUGACGAUUCAAUACGCUUCGUGCUUCAAUCCCUAG